CUCUCUUACCAUAAGUGGUCUAACGGCAUGCGGCAGGUCAAUGAUAAGAAGAAGAAGAAGGAAAUUUUUGACAGGAUGGUAGAAUGACGGAUUCAAAAUCAGCCAGAACACGGCAAAAGCCUUUGGUUGAUCUGUCUGGUUGAUCUUUGCUUGAACUCUUUUGAAUGCGCUAUAUCGGCUGAGAGUUAUGCUUUUUAUGCAGGUUAAAAUACUCAGGGGAACCUAGCAAUGAAGGGUCGAGAUGCAUAUUUACAAGACGAAUUAUUUGCCUCUUUGAAACGUGACAGUUGCCAUGGUAAUGUCACUAGAUACUUGGUGUAUGCACACGCGCCUUAUUAUUAUGGUCUGCAGCAAUCCCAAGGGACCUGGUGCAUUGUUUCUUCAAGUUGUGAACUGAGCAGUGAAUAUAUCCGGAGUCAUUCGCGUCGAAAUUUCGGUUCUCAUGUGUGACUUCUACUGACCUGUCUUGCAGUAUGGCUUGGGAAUUUGAAGGAGAGCGCAGAUUGAGAAAGCAGAACCGGAGGAAUUACAACUACGAUGCGGAUGAUGUUAUUGAAGGGAAACGCACAUUUAGCGUGGAAGAAAAGCUAAACAGUACAAAAUUUGCCGAGGGAGAUUUCGUGAAGCGUCUCAGCGGAGAUGAAUUUACCCUAAAGUUUAUUCAAGAAAAUGGCUUUACCUCACCGGUUGUAAUUAAAAGCCCCGACGGACUAGAUAUGCGGGUUCCUCGGGAAGACUUUAGUGUUGAAGAUGUAAAGAAUUUUGUUGGAGCUCGGCGAAUGGUGGAUGUCAUUGAUGUGAACACACAGCAAGCCCUAGAAAUGACUUUACAACAGUGGGUAAAGUAUUUCACAAGUGAGGACCGAGAGGAAAUUUACAAUGUAAUAAGCUUGGAAUUUAGUCAUACCAAACUGGAGGACUUGGUGGAACCGCCAGAAGUGAUUCGAACAAUGGACUGGGUCAAUGUAGUUUGGCCGCAACAUCUUAUUGACCAACAGCGAGAUUCCACCAACUCCUUGGCGGACAUGAAGUAUCCGAAAGUCAGAAAGUAAGUUCUGAAUUUAUACGCUGUAUUGUUAUAUCCUAGAUAUCUGGUGUUCACAGACACGCACCCAAACAAUUCACACUAAACAAAACGGACAAAAUCAGUCCAAUUUGUGAUAAUGUUGUUUCGUAGAUAUAUCUUUAACGAUCGAUAUAUGCAAUCGUGAUAUUAGAAGUAGAAAGCGCUCGUAUUUUGUCCUGAAAUUCUGAGUGCAUUACUGCAUGUUUACAUCAAUAACACAUCGAUUGCAUUAUUAAAAUUAUUUUUUGUGUCCGUUUCGGGAGCAAUUUGACCAUGAUAGUUAAAACUACUGAAGCCUUAUAGUUUGUACUUUGUGAAAACCAUAAUCACUUUCUUGUAAAUUCAAAGUUUUAGGCAAAGUCGUAAUCGAAUCGUGUGAUAUCUAGAAUUUAUCUCUGUCAUUUACUUAUGACUGUUAUCGCCAUUAGACUGACAGAUUUUCAUACUAAGUCACUUUUCCCAAUAAAGAAGACGAUUGCUUAACUCGAUUACCUUACGGUUUAAAAAUAAAAAAGCUCUUAAAAUCAUAAAAUCGCCCAAACUGAAACACAAAACUCAAGCGUUCUUGUGUUGAGCGCAAUGAAUAUUUACACAAGUUGGAAAAUUUCUGUGUUGUAUGCGAGUUCAAACGUUUGGUUGUUUACUUACAACGCGGGUAUGUACAGUGCAAGACAGCUAGAAGUCGCUGCCUCAGUUUAUGAUGCUUCUUUAUCAAAACGUGGCGAAACAAAACGCGAUUGUACAGUAAAGAUAGCAUCUGAAACGCGAGAUGUUGCAUUGCGCGUGAUCAUAAUCGCCAUUUUAUGAACGGAGCACAAAAGAUCCAACUUGCUUCAUGUUGAAUUCUGUCUGGCAUGAUCGAAAUUUAUGGCAAGCUUUCUCCUUCAAACGUUCAGAGGUAUCCAAGUCAUAUACUGUAUGUUACCCGUAGUAUUAACAGACCAAAUGUACGAGUUUGUGUCGAGCUUUUGAUGCGACAUUUCGCUUUUUGAUUUCGGGCAAAAUUUACAUUCUAUAACAUCGCUUUUAUUGCGUGACCGUUUCUUGAACGAUAAACAGACGCUUGUUUCAUCAUUAACACCCAGCAACAACUGUACGGUUAACUAGAUUAAGAUGUGAAAUUUCUCUAGCGGUUUUACAAUUGAAUAACAAGAAGUUGAAUUUCUUUGUAUUGAAGUUGUUCGUUCGGUAUUUCGUGGGUUCUAAUUCUUGUGAGUUUGCUCGUUUAUUUUCAUUUUGUAGUUAUGGUCGACUGCCUAAGCUCGGCGUGCGUUUUAUUUCGUGUUGUUUGCGUACCACUUAAGUUUGGCUAGAAGAAAGCCACUUUAGUUUAGUUUAGUGUAUGGCCCAGAUUAUUCUUUUCCCUUUAUAACAAUCAGUAGAACUUAAUAAGACAACCUUCUAUUAAACUAACAAGCGAAGAGACAUUUUCUGUAGUUUACAGCAAGCUUGAGAAGGACUAUAUGGUGUAGAAUAUAUCUUAGUUCAAAAUUAAGAAAAUAAUAAUGAUCACUUAGCAGAAAUGUAAGCACAAGAUACUAGAUAGUUAAAGUACUGCUCAAUAGCUUUCAAUUAAUUUGAACAUUUAAGUUUUAUCCACGGAACUAAGUGAGAACCACUUGAAUUCACACGAGCUUGGUCGCAUGAGAAACUGACACCGCAAAACAUCCGAAUAGUAAAUUCGUGUUUUAGGGGCUAAAUGAUUCAAUAUGUAGGAAAAUGUUUGUUUGUCUUCAACCAACGACAGUCCUUUUGAGAAGUGCUUAUAAUUUGAUCACAAGAAAAUGUACCUUUUCACUCUGACCGACAUAGUGUGACCUUCAAGUUCGAUGUUGCGAUUUUAUGUCCCAGGUCAUCUAAUAACCAUAAUUUUCAACGAUUUCAUCAGUACUAAAACGGAUUGCAGGAAAAAGCAGUGUUCAAGUUUAUCAAGUGAACUUGGUUUACAAACAUCUACUUCUCUUCCACAUAGAAAUCAUGAUCAUAGAAAAAUAUGAUAAUAAAAUCUUGAACAACAUACAUUUAAUGGACCAGAGACAGCAGAUUGCAACAAUCAAUUAUUAAAUUUAAGAUUACAGGUAAGGUUUGUACUAGCGUAAAAUCCUCUUUAUGGAAGGAUUCUUUUUUCUACAAAAGCAAGCCAGCAAGGCUGGAAGGAAGCAUAUGUUUUGUUCCUUAUAAACAAUGCCUUUGAAGGUGCUUACAUUGUAUCUGAAUUUUAGAAUAUUGACAAAUAUAUUUUUAUCUCUUCUUAAGCAAUUCGAUCACUUCGCUUGCUUUUCGUCUUCGGUAGUACAUUUUGAUCGCCACUCGAGAUUUUCCUCACAGCUCAUCGCAUAUUUAGUUAGAAGAAUCACUUUAGUAAGAGUUAGAUCUUCGGUUCUCAUUAGACUCACUGGUAUUACGAAGAUGUUCAGUUUUUAAAUGGCCACGAGUAGUUUUAAAUAGUAAUUUAGUAAUUGUUAAACUUCAGUCGCUUGAGCAAAACGAACUAUAGAACGAAAGGGCAUCAAAAGAUUGUUUUUGUUUGUAAAGAGCAACACUAUCUUCAUUUGGUUUGGUAGUCAUUUUAAUGCACGUCGUAAAUUGCAACCUUUACUUGCAUGAUAAUAUUUUUACUGUUGAAUACUUCCCUCAGAAUAUUGAUUCAUUUCCUUAAGACACCGCU